CCUAUGAGCAAUUGCACCUUAAGAAUUUACGAUAUCACUUCGCAACGUCAAUGAAAUUGUGUGAAAUUGAACAUAUGUGUUUUAAAACCUAAUUUGUGUUCAUUAUUUUGAAAUUUAAUUAAAAAAUGCCAUCAAGCGGUGAUCAAAAUAUCGAUGAAGCGGCGGACGUACGCAACUAUUUCCUCAAACUGCUGGAGCAGGAUAGAGACCUCUCGUCGGGCAUAGCCGCUAUUAAAACGCUGCUAAUGAUUCUCGAGAAAAAACAAUUUGACACCAUUCACAUUCUACACACCACAAUGCGGGAUGCAGUGGCAGCUAUGCGCAACACAGACUUGUCAAUAGCAGCUGUGGUGUCUGGAGGUGAACUAUUUUGUCGAUUCAUCACACUAAGUUUGGAUGAUAAACACAUGGAAGAAUGUAGACAAAUUAUGUUGCACCGUGGCAAGAUCUUUCUAACGAAGCUCCUAAACUCACGUAAUGUUAUCGCCCAACAAGCCAAGAAAUUUAUCACCGAUGGCUGUCGUGUGCUGACCCAUUCACGUUCACGUGUUGUGCUAAAGACACUCAUAAGUGCCGCAAAACAUAAAGAAUUUCACGUCUAUGUGACACAAGGUGGACCUGACAAUUCGGGAGCUCAAAUGGUCUCGGAAUUGGAGAAAGCUGGAAUAAGUAGCACUUUAAUUUUGGAUUCGGCAACAGGAUAUGUCAUGGAGUCGGUAGAUUUUGUAAUGGUCGGUGCAGAGGCUGUGGUUGAAAGCGGCGGCAUAAUAAAUCGAAUCGGUACUUUUACAAUGGGCUUGUGCGCGCGUGAAAUGAAGAAGCCUUUCUACGUUUUAGCCGAGAGUUUCAAAUUCACACGGCUGUAUCCAUUAAACCAGCGCGACUUACCCGACGAGUAUAAAUAUUCCCGUAAGCAUUUAGUAGACGUAUCUAAAGUGCAUCCUCAAGUGGAUUACACACCACCUGCUUAUAUCACAUUGUUGUUUACUGACCUGGGCAUUCUUACUCCAUCGGCUGUUAGUGACGAAUUGAUUAAACUUUACAUGUAAUUAUAGCAAUUUUUAUUAAAUAAAUAUAAAGAGUUAAACAAUAA